UGAUCCGUCAGAGGGACGAGCCAGAAAGCAGUCAUGUUUAUUGUCUAGUUUAUUGUUUGUUUUUCUGUUGGAUCGAGAAUUAUUGAAGAUUUCCCAGUUAAAAACGUAUAAGAAGAAUAAUGUUUUAAAGCUCGGCAGAUUCAUCUACAAGAGAUAACUGUUGAGCUCCAGAGACAGAAUUAAAUGCCAAGUGAGCGAUGGCGUCGAGAAUCACGAAUAACUUCAUGAAUCACAUACUGCAAUGGGUGCACCCGAAGAGCCAGGAGAGGAACCUCAUAUCCGCUGCCUUCCACAUGAUCACAAUUACCCUCAUCAGCAUGUCCAUGGUUGAGCUCAAAUGGUUUUCAAUCUACGGUGGAGUCUGUGCAUCUUACCUCACUCUCAGCCAAUUCUUCUGGUUUGGGUAUACUGAUAAUAAUAUUGCUUCUCCAGAGUUUGAUUGCAUCAACAGCACAAUAGUGAAUAUGAUGAGGAUCAUAAUUCUGCUAUGCUUCAUGGCCAUAAUCUUCUCGUUGGCUGGGUUCUUUUUAGAUGUUAUUGGACCUAAGAGUUAUCUGUACUUCUUCAUAAGAAAAUACGCUUUGGCCAGUACUUUUACAGUGAUGUGGAUUAUGGCAAUAAUAAGUACUUGCUAUUAUGUGGCGGUGCUAUUGGAAGACUCGCUCGAUGAUUUGUAUCCAAAGAUUGAUACUUCCGUGACCUACGGGUACGGUUUUUACCUGAUUACUGCGACAGGAGGCGUUGCUGUUAUCGGAACCUUCUGCACGCUCAUCCUGAUGCACACGAGUUCUCCUGAGCUCUACAGCGGUGGAGACGGCAGUGACGACGCUUGCCUCAUCGACGGCUUCGAGGAGGGUUUCGAAGCCUUCAAUUCGCCGGCACCUCCACCACCGUACAACGUGCCGCCACCUCCAUACGCCCCCUGAAAACCGUAAAUUCCUCCCUCUUUGUCCUAGACGAAGUAUUACAUAUAUACCAAUUUCUUAGUCCAAUUCCGAUGUUCCGUUAGCUUCUGUCGAUGGAUGGAAAAAAAGAAAA